AUGUGGUUUUUGUGGUCUUUUUCCGAUCCCAGAAACCCUUCCAUCUUCCGCCGUUCGCCGUUCAAGUGCCGUCGUCGGUUCCGCUCAGCCACUCUCUCAAUUCACCGUUCAAUCGUUGCAAAGGUGCAGGUUCAGGUUCCCUUGGAAUCCAUGGCUGUUUCAUAUUUUCAUAUAGUUCAAUCUGGCAGGGGUUUCCACAAGGGUAAUCUCUCCUAUGCCAAUUGCAGUUCCAAGGGGAGAAGGACCCACCGUUUAGUUUUUGCUUCUAUACACACGUCAGACCCUAAGGUAGAUUCAUUACUGGACAGUGUGAAAUGGGAUAACAAAGGCUUAGCUGUGGCAAUAGCUCAGAAUGUUGACACAGGAGCCAUAUUAAUGCAAGGUUUUGCAAACAGAGAAGCAGUGGCUACAACCCUAUCUUCUCGAAAGGCCACAUUCUAUAGCCGAUCACGAUCUACAUUGUGGACCAAAGGAGAGACCUCGAAUAAUUUUAUCAAUGUCCAUGAUGUCUUUCUUGACUGUGAUCGUGACUCUAUAAUAUACCUGGGGAAACCUGAUGGGCCUACCUGCCACACAGGGGCAGAAACAUGCUAUUAUACAUCAGUCUUUGACUUGUUAAAACAGAAAGAGGAUGAAGGAAAUAAAUUGGCAUUAACCUCUUUGUAUGCAUUAGAGUCAACAAUCUCGCAACGGAAAACAGAGUUAACAGGAGAAAAUGAGAAGCCUUCAUGGACGAAGCGAUUAUUGCUUAAUGAUCAGUUGCUAUGUUCUAAAAUCAGGGAAGAGGCAAAUGAGCUGUGUCAAACACUAGAGAAUAAUGAGGACAAAUCACGUACUGCUUCAGAGAUGGCUGAUGUACUCUAUCAUGCCAUGGUUCUGUUGGCACAGAAAGAUGUCAAAAUAGAAGAUGUUUUGCAGGUUCUUCGGCUGAGAUUUUCCCAAUCUGGUAUUGAGGAGAAGAGAAGUCGUGUAUCCCAGAAACCAUCGGAUCAUUGA